GGGGACAUAAGAGGAGGCGGGAGACAAGUGCACCACAGCAGGCAAGCCGCGCCCGGAUCACAUCCCAGCAGCAGCGUCCGCUUCCCGGCUUCGAGCAUGGCCAGUUCGAGCAAAGCCACUUUAAUCUUGCUCAUCUACGGAAUCUUAAUGCACUACAGCGUCUUCUGCACACCUCUCGGACUAAGUUACCCCAAAAUCAGGCUGGACAACGAUGCGUUUGACGAGGACGGCAACUCGUUGGGCGAGUUGGGAUUCGACGGCGACCACCUCGCGUUGCGCAGCGCCGCGUCCUUAAACGACGACGGUGGCGGCUACACUCUCUACUAUCCCACCGAGAAGAGAGCAGAAAGGCAUGCUGAGGAGGAAUUAGAUAGAGCCUUGAGGGAGAUCCUGGGUCAGUUAACCACGCGGCAUUAUCUGCAUUCUCUGAUGACAAUGCGCGCAGGCAGUGAUAAUAGCAUGGAGGACGAGGCUGAGCCACUCUCCAAAAGACACUCGGACGGCAUCUUUACUGACAGCUACAGCCGCUACAGGAAGCAGAUGGCUGUGCAAAAGUACCUGGCAGCCGUCCUAGGACGAAGGUACAGACAGAGAGUGCGCACUAAAGGACGCCGGCUCGCCUAUUUGUAG